AUGGCCGAUCUGUUCUCAGGCCGCGUCUUGAUCCGCAACAACAGCGACCAGGACGAGCUGGACACGGAAGAGGAGCUGAGUCGGCGGCUGGACAACCGGCUGGUGUUGCUGUUCUUUGGCGCCGGGAGCUGCCCGCGGUGCCAGGAGUUCGCGCCCGUGCUCAGGGACUUCUUCAUGCGGCUCACGGACGAGUUCUACGUGGUGCGGGCGGCCCAGCUGGCCCUGGUGUACGUGUCCCAGGACCCCACGGAGGAGGAGCAGGGCGAGUUUCUCAGGGACAUGCCCAAGAAAUGGCUCUUCCUGCCCUUCCAGGAUGACCUGAGGAUGGACCUGGGACGUCAAUUCUCCGUGGAAAGCCUGCCCGCGGUCGUGGUGCUCAAACCCAGCGGGGACGUGCUCACGCGCGACGCUGCCGACGAGAUCCGCCGCCUGGGACCCGCCUGCUUCGCCAACUGGCAGGAGGCAGCCGAACUGCUGGAUCGUAACUUCCUAGAACCCGAGGACCUGGACGACCCGGCGCCGCGCAGUCUCACAGACGCGCUGCGUCGCCGCAAAUACCGCGUGGACUCGGAGCCAAGGGGCGGGUCAGGGGGCGGGGCCAGGACGGAGGGCGGGGGCUGCGACGAGGGCGGGGCCGACGAGCUGUUCUGA